AUGGACGAGAUCGCAGCACUUCGGCACCUUGAGCUCUACGAGGCGGUGGUGCCCACGAGUGAAAUAUGCGGCCGCUUACUCGAGCCGCGAGCCGCUGUGAUCAACGCGGCACCGCGAGAGACGUUCAAGUACGGCCCGCAUCUGCGGCAUGAUCUGGACUUGUAUACACCUUCAAGGGGGACGUCACAGAAUAAUCCGCUUUUGGUGUUUUUGUACGGAGGCGGGUUUGCGUCCGGAGACAAGCUCUUCGACCUGAUACCCGGCGACCUGGUCUACAAGAACCUGGGUUCAUUCUUCGCCGAAGAGCUGGGCUUCGACGUGGCCAUUGUCAACUACAGAUUGACGGCGCACGGCGCCAGAUUUCCACGGGGGGCAGACGAUCUCGACCUGGCCCUCAGAUGGCUCGAUGAACGGUACAAACCUCAAGGUCCCAGGGAUUUGUACAUCAUGGGUAAUUCAGCUGGUGGGAUCCAUCUCACAACGUGGCUCUUUUGGCCAGACUUUCGGGACACGAUCAAUUGGCUCGUCUCGGGCACAGGCACGCUGACCCUGCGAGUCGGCAUCACGCUCGGCUGCCCCUUCACGUGGCCCCAGUACGUGAUCGACUCAAAGGUUGGGGACAGUGUCAAAGGCUACUACGGCGACGAAGCAAAGGUCAAGGAGAACGCGGCUCUUUUGCUGGUUCAGAAAGCUCUCGAGACCGUGCCAGUCGAGACAAAGUGGCCGUCUAUGUUGGUUCUGGUCAGCGAGAUGGACCCUGCCGACAUCCAAGACUCUGGGAAGCAAUUCGUCGACUUGUGGACAUCAUUUGGCCGCAAGGGCCAAUAUCAUGUCCUGGAGGGACACAACCAUUUCAGCACCGUGUGGUCAUUACGCUCUGGCGGCGAAGCUGAAGAAAAAUGGGCUCGGGAUACGGCCAAGUGGCUGCAAGAGUUGAGAUGA